UCAUAUACAAAAUGUCAAAUAGUACGUAACUAGAACUCGUGAUUAUUUGAAAUGCAGUUAAAUAGUGCGGGUGAGUUUUCGUGUGCGCGGUAGUUACUGUUUAAAACGGUGUAAGAAUCAAAUUCCAGAAAUCAUGGAGUUAACACCAAAAUUGAAAAAACGUUCUCUUUCGUUACAAAACUGUCGUAUUAAAAGGAACAGUUAUGAUUCCGCAUCACCACAAAACAAUAAUCAUGCCAAAAACACAUUCUCAAACAUGGAAUGUGUUAAAUUGCCAUGUUCGCCAGUAUUGCCGACUCGUUCUUGUCCUGCCGAGUGUUUUACACCACCAACACACAAAAGAAUUAGCUUAGACGAUACACUGGAUAGCAGUCAAAAAGCACUUGAUACAAGUUUUUCACCAAAUAGUCUAUUUUCGCAAACUUUACCAACUGAAAGUCCAGAAGUUGGUUGGCGUUGGGCGCGCCAAAAAUCUAAUUUUACUGAAAGUGGUGGUGGUGACGAUAGCAGUUAUGCUAAUGGAGACUCACCGUGCGCAUUUGAUAACUCUAACUCGUCGAAGAAAAGAAAACUCAUCAGCAAUCGACGUGAGCAAUAUCGUAAAGCUAUCGAAUUUGAUAUACAUCGGGCAGAAAAAUCUCGUGCAAAACAAGUACUACAAAAACGUUACGCAAAAUUAAAAGAAAAACUCAAAGAAGCAAAAUUACCGAAAAUAUUAGAUGUUGAUAGCAGUUCGGAAAUUGCCACCAAAACUUCUCCAGACAUGACGAGUGUUUUUGAUAGUUCAAUGGAAAUUCCAACAGAACUGCUAGUAGAUAUGCCAACAGAAACGUUAAAAGAGAGCGCAACAAUAACUUCGAAACAUGGUGAUAUGUCACCAAAUGUGGCUAAUAGCACGUUGAAUGAUUUUUUUAAUGAUUCAGAUUCGGAUGGAUUUCUUCUCGAAGCAACACAGCAAAUAGAAUCUAAAAUACAUCUUCCAGUUACAGGCACAGAUAGUGUUGUUGGAUGUGUUAUAAGUAACUGCACUGAACUAAGAGAUUUAGCAUCAGAAGCAAAUAAAACCUCUACUUCCAUUGAAAAACGAUCAUCAUUAUAUGAGAAAUUUUUGGAGGAUGAUUCACCUGAUGACUGGUUCACAUCGUUAGACGAUGUCAUUGAGCAAGCUAUCCAAGCAAAAAAGCCACGUAACUCUUUACAACGAUAUAAAUCUAUGCCGACUGAAGCCAGUUCCUUAACAAUACCUCAGAAGACAUCAAAAAAUGUGAAAAGUACAAAAAUAUCCCCAACAAUAGUGCAGUACUCAAAUCCUGCAGUAUCAAGACAAACGGGGCAUAAAAGUAUUACCACAACCACCGAUGUCUCGAAAUUUAAGCGACAUGCCAGUAGUAAUACAAUACCAUCCGGUUCCAGAUAGCUUGACAGGUUCUAGUAAUUGUAUUGUAUGAAUACCUAAAGAUUGUUUAAUAUGGAUAACGCAAAGAUUGUUCUUUUAAAAACAGUUGCUUUAAAUUGAUUUACUCAACAGUUAUUCAAAAAUUAUAGUUGCCAGAUAACAAUCGUUUGCGAAUUAUUUAAACACAAAAUUGCUUCCAGUUGAUUUACUCAUCACUUAUUUACUAAGUAUCGUUUGCAACACAAUAUAAACACAAAAUUGCUUCCAAUUGAUUUACUCAUCACUUAUUUAUUAAUCAUCGUUUGCAACACAGUCAGGAUACAGGCUUGUAUACUAUAUAUUAAAAUUAUAACGCUUAGCUAUAAGCUAUUCAGUCAGUAACUAUUUGUAGGUUUUAAAAAUCUAUCUAUGUAUGUAAUUUAAUGCUGGUUAUUUAAUGCGACACCUUAACACUGAAAAAAAAUAAUAGUUUUAUAUGCUAAAUAUUCAAAGUACAAGAACAUUAAAAGUGAGAAUCAUUCGUUAAAAAAAUUCUAAUAUAUAAGUUUAUAAGUCAGAAAAAUUUAAAGUCAAGUACAUUCUAUAUUCCAUCAAUAUUUAUUUUUUUAUUCUUGCUCGUGAACAUCGAUCAGCGUUGAUUUGAAGAACAUAAGUUGUGCUUUCAUUAUGAUAGAUUUAUAAUUAUUUUUGUGAUAGGACUUAGGCUGCCAUUAAAUUGCAUGCCAAUUUUGUCUUAUCAUAGACUUAAUCAUUCCAGAACUCGUAAAUGCUUUCUACAACUUUUCAGCACUAAAGUUCAUAUUGAAAUGCAUA